AUUUUCCGGAUGUUUCUCUUUCUCUUUAAAGCUAUACAGAGUGUUCAGGCUGUUUAAAUGUGUGAGAUCCCUGAGUGCUUUGUUCAGUGAGCGGUCAAUAAACAAUCCUAAAAAGGCCCUCACUCGCUCUCUUUCCUUCAGGAUAAACUUAUAAAGUUAGGAUAGUAAAAGACUAAAGAGUUUCUAAAAGUUCUCAAACAACCUGACUUGUAAAAUAAUAUCAAUUUAGAAAGUCGUAAAUCCAGUCUGUAGUGAAGUCAUAGUUUGUCAGUUAUGUGUAUGUUAAAGAGGGUGAGAGAGAAGACAAGGCGGGGUCUGUGAAUCUGUGUACGAAAGAGAUCACUGAUCAAGUGCAUUACUUCACAACUCAGGAGGCUCACAAGGCUUCAGGAUAUAGUACUGCAUAUAUAAGUAUUCAUUUUGUUCUAAAAAAUAUAUAUUUUUAUUUUAAAAAACUUCAAACAGUUUUGUUUGUUCUGAACAUAUGUCAUUAUGAUUUAAGAUCAAAUUCUGUAUUUUAUUGGAGAGAGAGCAUAUAGUGUAUAAUGGCACAGCAAGUGUUGCUUUACUUUGACUUGCAAGAAAUGAAAGGUAAUUCUGUGUAGACAUCUAUAUAUGGUAGAGGAAAAGAGAGAAGCUAUCAGAAAUAACACAGAAAACAUGGAGACAUACACAAUCCAGGAUAUGCUUAUCAAUUCCACUGAUAUUUAUAAAUUAUUGUGUGGAUUGGGAAUCGGUAAUGCAUCGGACUGCAAGAAUGACAGUGACGCAAGAUCUGAACCAAAAGAUAUGAACCACACGGUACGGAUUGUACUGUAUGUUAUCAUUUUCCUGUUGAGUUUCAUAGGGAAUAGUCUCAUUAUCACAGUGCUGGUGCGUAACAGGAGAAUGAGGACGGUCACCAAUCUGUUCCUGCUGUCUCUGGCCAUCAGUGAUCUUAUGCUGUGUCUCUUCUGCAUGCCCUUCACUCUCAUCCCCAACAUCAUGAAAGACUUCAUCUUUGGCAAAGGCAUGUGUAAAGUGGCCACGUAUUUCAUGGGCAUUUCGGUAAGCGUGUCCACAUUCAACCUUGUGGCCAUCUCUUUGGAACGCUACAGUGCCAUCUGCAAACCGUUUGCUUCUCGCACCUGGCAGACAAAGUCGCACGCAGCGAAAGUCAUCACAGCUACUUGGGUCGUAUCUUUUCUGCUCAUGUUACCUUAUCCGAUAGGAAGCACGCUGGUGCCUUUCAUACGCAGUAACAACAGCACUGGCAACAUGUGCCGAUUGGUUUGGCCAAGUGAUGUCAUGCAGACCUGGAGCGUUUUACUUUUGCUGAUUCUCUUCCUUGUUCCUGGAAUCAUAAUGAUGACAGCGUAUGGCCUCACUUCACUCGAACUCUACAAGGGAAUCAAAUUCGAAAUGGCCAAUAGGAAGUCAAACAGAGAGAAAGAAUACAGCACCGCUAGCCUGAGACAUGGCGACAGUGAUGGCUGCUACUUCCAGGCAUCAAAGAGGAAGCGUUCGGAUGCCUCGAACCCCAGCCCGAGCAAUUCAAAAAUCAAAAUCGGUAGGGUUUGCAGCAACAGCUCUACGGCAAACCUCAUGGCCAAAAAGCGUGUCAUACGCAUGCUGCUGGUGAUCGUAGGGCUUUUCUUCCUCUGCUGGACGCCCAUCUUCGUCGUCAACGCCUGGCGGGCGUUCGACAGACGUUCAGCCGAUCGUCUUCUCUCCGGAGCGCCGAUAUCCUUCAUCCAUUUGCUGUCCUACACCUCUGCUUGCGUCAACCCCAUAGUCUACUGUUUUAUGAAUAAGAGAUUUAGACAAGGUGUGUUGGCGACUUUCAAUUGCUGUAGGGCUGAACCGGAUGAUAUGAGCAGAGGCAGCAGCCGACGAAGUGUCGCAGGGGCCGGAACGCUAUUUGGAACCGGAGGUGGCGGCGGCAGGACCGGACAGGCUGAUGGAACCUGUGGAACGCUUACAAGGCUAACCGAUAGUAGUAGUCGAGGGUCUGCACAAGCAUGAAGAAAACAAUGGAUAAUGACUUUAACAUUGCACCCUGAAAACACUUACCAAGAACUAGGACAAGAAGAAUAGGAUCUCAGUAACAAAACAUGAAUGAGAAAUGUGACAAAUACUCUUGCCAAACAGUCUAAAGUCAUCAGUUUUAAGCUUAACAAAUGACUGAUUGAUGCUGAUUGAAUAUAUACUGCUGAUGACAAAUGAGAAGUCCAACAAGGAGACGAUGGCUGCCAAAAGCACUGAAAUGCUGACAGAAUCCAGUGCUCAAUGUUAUAGACAUGUCGGAAUUAAAUAAACAGCGACAUCAAAUGAAACCGGACCGCUGCCAUGAGAGAGGCUUCAGUACCCAUUAGGGCUUUGAAUUAUAAACGUUGGGUUUUACAAUAUGACUUAAGAUUUUAUGGCUCGUCUUGUCUCGACCAUUUUCUGGCCCACCUACCAUUCGCUGUGAGAGCCGAAUCUCUUUGGUCGUCUUAAAUUUUACGCUUAACUUGAGUGUGAAACAGACAAAACUAUUGUCAUUUACUCACCCUCAUGUUCUUACAAGCCCAAAUGACUUACUUUCUUCUGUUGAACAAAAAAGGAGAUGUUACGCAGAAUGUAAGACUCAGUUUACAUUUAUUUUAUGGAGUGAAAAGGGGGGGGGGUUCAACUUGUGCUACAUUAAAGAAUGAAGUCAUAUAUUCUCCUUUUUAAGUUAACUAUCCAUGUAAGUGUGUGUGAUUGCUUGUUUGAUCUGUAAAAGCAAUCUUGUCAGCAUCCGAGCUAUGUCAGUGCUGCAUUAACCGUUUUCUAGGUAAGCACAGAGUAAUUUCGUUAUCUUGUGUGUUAGUCCAAACAUACUGUUUGUACACUGUGUCUAGAGUCUAUCCUUAUCACAGCAUGAGAUUUUUCACACCUGUUGCUCACUUCAAAGGGACUACCCAAGGCUGCUUCACACAUCUGGACUAUUUUCACCAAAGUACAAGUGGUUAUACAAUGACUAUUGUGUUUGUUAAUAACUUUCAUACGUCUUCGUUUUUUAUUAACUUUAUUGUAUGUGAGAUGAACAAUUUCCUUUUUAAUUUAUCAGCACACUCAUAAAUGAAUCUUGCACGUUUCCUGGCACACAUAUUUGUCUAUACUCACUGAAAGUGAAAGAUAAAGGGGCAGUUUCCUGGACAUUGUUUAGAUUAGGCCAGGCCAAUGAUUUAGUGAUAUAUAUAUAAAUAGUUUUUACAAACAUGUAUUACAAAAAACAUUACAAGUGUGCCUCUUGAGGCAAGACAAUGGCACUGAUAUAUUUAAGGAUAUGUCAGCAAGCUGUUUUUAGCUCAAACAAGAAUUCUAGACUCAAGUCCUUUCCAGGAAACCGCCCCUAAAAAUUGGAUUAACCUAAAAAUAUUACUUCAAUUGGUACCAUCUAAAACCUUAAUUUUUUCACUUUGAGUGUAACUUUUUUUAAGGUGUUUUCAAUUGAAGUAGUUUUUUAAGCAGAUCAAACUUUCACUUUUUACAGUGUAAAUUGUAAAAUCUCUUGGUAUAGACAUUUAAAUAAGAUUUUGCACAGUGUAAAAUAUUGAAUAUACAUAAUAUUGUUCAAAUAUUGCAAAUUUAAUGGAUUCAUAACCAAUUAAAUACAGAUGGUAAUAUAUGGAGAUUCAGUGCCUAUUAAUUGACUAUAUAGCAGCUAAUACAUUAUUAUUUAAGGACAACUUUGACUGUGGAUAAACGCACAUACAAUAUUGUGCGUCAAAGUAUUUUCAUUUCUGUUUCAGAAUUGGUAACAUUUUUAUUUUACAUUCAUAUGAAGAGUUUGGUUCCAAAACACAAUAAAUCCAUUUUGACUAAUUUCGGUAAAAAUGUGUUUUCUAUACCAAGAAAGUGCCAAGAUGAAAACCACUAUUUUCUUUUACAAACUCUCACAUA